AACGGAACUACCAAGCAGAGAUCGCAAACAUCCAGAUAAAACGCCAAGAAGGAGGAAGUUACUGAAGACAUAGAAGACGCACCUUUCCGGCGAAUUUGGAAGCUGAAACACAGCAGUAGGUUAGCUUUUUCAGCUCCUCCCGACUAGCCGCCGAAAGCGGAAAACCCCCUCCGUUUACUGUUCUGGUGCUGAUUGUUUUCCCGGGAAACAAACGGAAAGGGCAAUGCGAUUGCGCGGAGAAUUCAGGACGACGGGGUAGGUUUGACAAAGGAAGGAAAUGGUGAGGCCUCGGGAGUGACGGAGAAGGUGAAGAAAUCGCAUGGAGAAUGAGAGAAAGAAGAGAAGAGAAUGUUUUAAAGAGGAAGAGAAAAGGAAAGAAGAAAAACAGCAACAAAAAAAAGGAGUGGAAAAAAAAAAUCAAAAUCCCAGCAGUUAUGGUAAUUUAGGGAGAAAAAUCAUUGAUGAGUGAGUGAAGUUUCACUUUCGCCAUUAAUCCCACACAAACAACAUUUUGUGGCAUCGUAGUGUAUUGACGGUUGGAUCGCAAAAAUUGUUCAUCAUCGAACGUAAUGAAGAGUUGUUCUUAUUAAUGGAUAAUUCGAUAUGAUGCAGUCGAUUUGUCUAAUUAUAAUACUGAUUGAUUUUGUUGGAUUUGAUCGAUAGUUGUAUUGGUAAAUUAUCGAUUGGAUGUAUUAUCUCAAAACUCAUUGCAUAUCAAAUUAUCAUUAUGUUACUAAAAAUAUCUUUUCAGCUAACCUAUUUGAUAAAAACUUCGAUAUUCUUUCACCAUAAUUGGCUUCGAUGAAAUCAUUGUUCUUUUCUAAGUAAUCAAAUUGGGUAAUAAUUAGAAACAACAAAAUUGGAAUUUUUUGUGAAUUUGAUAACGGAUACGUUUCAUGCCAAACGUUUUUAGUAUGUAUUUGUAUCAUUGUCAUCUUUUGAGGAGGAAAAAUCAGAUACCGAAAAUAAUAUUCCUCACGAAAUACAAAUUUUAGCUUUAUAUAUUGUUUUUAAUUAUUUUAUGUUUUGUGUUGUGUUAUGAAGCUAUACGUAUUGUUGCUUAAGUUGAAAACAAAACUUUCGAAAGAUGUUGGUGUCAAUGUUCAAAUCCAAUAGUAACUCUCAAAUUUCAUAUGUUAAGUGGAAAAAUAAUCAUAACGAAUUUGACAACCUACAAAUAUUUUGAUGAUAUAUUCCUUUUUGAGAAAAAAACAUUUCCUUUUGGUUAGAUUCGAUUUUACUGCAAGCAAAACUUAAAACAAUAUAUUGUAUUGAUCUAGUUUAACGAUAAAGUUAUUCCCGCUUGUAAUCUGUAAACUAGUUUGUCUGAUUGUAGAGUCUUUGAGGUGGAAAGCAGACAUUGAUUGGAUCGGAGAAAAAUUACCUUAAUUGAAAGAAUUCAUAUUAAGGAUUUCAUUAUAAUAUGUUGAACCAAAUAAGGUGUUGACGAAACGACCGUCAAACACUUGAUAAAGAUAAAUGUUUUGAUUCUAAAGUCGACAACAAUUACUUUUGCUUCACUAAUUUCGUCGAUCAAACAAAUAAGGGAACUAGAAACGCCAUCAUCUUUUUGUGACCGGCUCUUUUAUAUGACGACUCCCUAAGUUGCGAGAUGUAUGUUGUAUGCAGGAAAUAUCUGUCAUACUGGAUCCCAAAUUGAAUCAUUUGCCCUUUCCAAAACCAACACUAAAAAAUAUGGUAUCAGCUUUCUUCAUGACGCUCUUGAUUAUCAAGAUACUUAGAAACUAUCUAAAAUUGGAGAUAAUCAAAACCAACAUUGACAAAGAAUUCAAAGAAUUAAGAUGCAAGCACUAAGAGGUCGUUUGCUUCAAGGAUUUUAUAACGAGGAUUUUGUCAUGAAUUUGCUAAUUAAAAACCUUGGGUUAGUCUGUACCUAAGUCUAAAUGGAUAACAAUUCAAUCUAAUCAUAUAAAGUUUUAAUCUCCAGUUAAAGCUCAAAUUUGAACCAAAUAAUGACCCAGUAUCCAAUUGGGAUUAUUGUGACUCUUUAAUUUGCAAUAUUAUCCCAUGUUACUAUUCAACAGCACAGUACAAUUCCAUCUAUAUUAUUUUACGGGUUAUAGGUAUAAUAUGCCCCUCUACUAUGACGUUUUAUCAAACAUGCCCCUCUACUAUUUUUUACAUCAAACAUGCCUCUGUACUUUGUAAAAAUGAUCAAACAUGCCCUUUUGUUAAAAUUUUCAUCCAAAAAUCGUUAACCAAGGCCGAACUUUAGUUUGGGUGACACAAAUGACUAAAAUAUCCAUAAUAAAUUCACUUUAGAAUUUUUUUUCGUUCUUUUGUAUAAUCAAAUCAUUCAAAUAAUUUCACUUUGAAAAGACCCAGGGAAAUAAAACAGGGGACAAAACUGACAUUUUUCCUCCCAUUUGCCGAUGUCGGGUCAUCUAAAUCUCGGUUCAACCACGAUUGAUGGUUUUUUCAAUGAAAAUUUUAACAGAAGGGCAUGUUUGAUAAUUUUUUCAAAAUACAGGGGCAUGUUUGAUGUAAAAAAUAGUAAAAGGACAUGUUUGAUAAAACGUCAUAGUAGAGGGGCAUAUUAUACAUAUAACCCUUAUUUUACUGUUUAACUAAAUCUACAUGAGAAACAAAUAACCAUUCUCAAUGUGUAUUAAAUGGAGGGAAAGAAUUGAAUGCGUUUUAUAAAAUAUGAUCAUGUCCACAUGGAAGUUUCACUUUCACAUGGCCAUGUAUCACAUAUAUUCGAUGUGAAUGUGAUUUAGAUUUACGGUUGAUCUUCUCAACUUCCCUUUAGCUUGAUGGAUGCUUAUGAAUUGAUGAUAAAUUGAUAAUGCAAUUUCCUUAAAUACAUUGUAACAAACGUGGAUUGGAGAAUGUCAUUUCCUUUUUCAUGAGCCACUUUCUUGUUUCUAAUUCUCCCAUGAAUUUGCAUUUAUGUGUAGACGUGGAUUGGAUCUAGUAGACUCAUUUUGGAAACACGCACUCUUUCGUCGAUGUGAUCGUGAACGACGAGGAAGAUCAUCGUCUCUUAAUUCUAUUUCAUCAGUUCAUUGGGAGUGAAAUCGUUCGAAUCCUACAUGCAAACAAUGUUUAGAUACGCGUUGGUGCAAGAACGAACCUCGGUCAUUAGGUCGAAUGAGGAAAAUUAUGUAAGGAGGAGAAGAAUAUAGAUACGGAGAUACCUAAAUGAAGGGGGUGUAAGCAAAAUUCAUCUAUAGGGUAGAGAGGAGAGGAGUCUUUUUUUUAUACAUGCUUGUUCCUGGGUUCUUGGAUUGAGCUAAAUUGAACAGGGUGGACGUCGUACGCUAACGAUUUUUAGGCCUUCUAAGCGUCAAUACUUUGCAGGGCUUGACUCCUCUCGAAUGAGCGCUCAUGAUUUUUUACACGAUGGACAUGGAUCUAAAGACAACUGUUUACAAUCUCGAUAAGGCAAGAGGUUGGAUCAAUAAAUAAGUUCUACACGAGUCAAAGUGAAUAAGCUAGAUCCCAAUAAUAUUAUAAGAAAAUAGAACACAUCAAAAUUUCUGAAAAAAAGAGAAGCUUACAUUCUUGAAAUGAAGGAAACAAAUUUAAUCACACAUGCAAUACCUUAAAAUUAUCUUUAAGUUACAAUUAACUUGGCAACCACGUAAAGGGUUGAAAGUGAUUUUUUUAACAAUUGAACAUAACCUUGUAAUACUACUCUAAUUACCUACAUGCACCAUAUAAUUAAAGAACUGUUGAUUUAACAUUCUUUGUUUUGGUGAUAUUUUGGAGCUCAAUUUUGUUGCCAAGAAAGCUCAGUUUUUGGCUUUUUAGGCAGGUUGAUUGUGGGGUUAUUUCUUCUUGGAAUAUUUCCUCAUAUAUGUGUCGCAACGCUCAAUCAUAUGGGACAAUUGGGCAAAGGGAGGAAAGUUCAAAUGACAUGAUGGUUAGUCGGAUUGAUAAUAAAAUGAUUAACGCAUGACAAUACUUUUUGAUGGUAUGUCAUUACAAUAAUGAAUAAUGUACAUCUAACACAAAUUUUAUUACGAGUCAGAAUGACUGUUACACCCAUACCAAGAAUUUUGAUGUGUACGAUCAAGACUAUCCUCCUUUUUUUUAAAUUCGACAGAUUCACCAAGAGAGUGUUAUUCAAUCUUAUUAUACGCCUUUCUUUACUAGCACUAUACAGAUCAAAUAUGAGGGUUUGAGAUCGAAUCAAUAUUAGAGCUCUCUGGGUCUAUACUUCAGUAUGGUCGUGGAGAGAUGUACAUACGACUUGGAUAUACGAGGGUCAUGAUCUCCAUCCUCACGGACAACUCCCAAAAUUAGGGCAUGCAACAACGAUUUCUCAUCACUCUUCCGCGACAAGAGCAUAUUGGAUUGUGCUUUCUUUAUCUAGAUAUCUUCGGAUCUUCCCAAUUCAAUCAAUAUUUUCGAAAGUCAUUUUGAAAGUGUAAUUAUUUUUCGGUAAAUUUCAAUCCAAAACCAUAAUCGUAGAUCCGAUGCCAUGUGUCAAGAUGUUGAAAAGAGAACCCAAGAUUUGGAGGGUACUCCAAAUGUGCCGUCGACUCUUCUCAGACUAGUAGUCUUAUUGGCCGUUGACCUUUCGUCCGGCUUUUGCUCUGUAUGAAAAAUUUAAGUUCAUUUUCCCCACUUAAUCAACAAGAAAAGCUUGGCCACAAUCACAAUUAAUCAAAUCAAAGCCAACAAUUAAGGUUGACACAAGGCAAGGGUAUGAUUAGGCGGCAAACUGUGGUGCAUGUAUUCGUUGAUUAAUUAUCUUAUUGCCAACUUAAUUUGCGCACAAACAAAGUGCUGACUGCCGACUUGUAUAUGCAUUCCUUUAUCAAGGGGGAAUCCCAAACGCAUAGUAUAGAGACCCAUCACUUGUAAGAGCGACUCUACUCGUAGCGGUAGUUUGUAAGUAACCGAAAUGAAAUAUAUUUUGUUAUUAUAUGGACAACUCAGAAAUAAAGAAAUACAACACGAAUUUAAAAGACGAGUAAUGUGAACAAACUUCCUGUAAGAUGGGCUCUACCAGCAAGUGGGGAGUCUUCUUGAAAGUAGCAUACCUGAAGACCAGUAGCGAGUCACCACAAAAUGUAACAACAAAAAACUUAUGCAUUAGAAACCCAUCUCAUAGCCUACGAAAACUAUUAUAAUUACUAAAAUCAAAUAAGAUCGAGCCAUCACCUGGUAGAACUAUAAAUCUUGUUGCACCUCUUUGGUUCAUCUUCAUAGCCCAUCGAAAUCGACUAUGAUCUUUCCAUGUAAAAUGACCAACCAAAAAAAUGCAUUUGCAAGAAGGCACAAGUGCAAAGCAGAGUGUGGGCAAGUGUUUUAAGUCACCUGUUAAACAAAGAACAAAUAUGGAAUUAGCCUGUAAUCGGCCUCCCGAGAGUUGGGUACAGAUUCAAUCAUAUGAGUAUGUCCUCUUACUCUCAGAAACAAACAAUAACGCGAGGUCUGAUCAGAAACAAUAUUGGGAAACGUAUUGAAGCCAAUGUUUGUAAUCUCUGAAUCUGCUCAAUUAGUGCUGCAGAACUGAAACGAGCAGCUAACGGGUUGAUGAUUGCUUGGAAAAGGGGCCACAAGAACAUCCAACUUAACCUUAACUCAACCAAAACUAUAUCCAUCAUGAAAUUUUGUGGGGAUGACCGCCAUCUCCAUGGUUUCCUUGUCCAACAAGUUCGACAUAUUUUUGAAUUGUGAGUGGAAAGUUCAAAUCUCCAAUAAUGUGCACAGAAAAUAUAAUUUUGCGACCAAUUACUUAGCUAGUAAAUGACAUAGUGUGAAUUUGGACACAUAUUGAUUUGACAUGAGCGAACCUAAUCUUAAUAAAUGGAUCCUAUAUGAUGUAAUGACUAAUGAGCAAGGUUGUCAAACUGGUUUAUACCGUUGUGCCGGUUUGGCAAGUGGAAUGGUACGACCGGUGGUAAAACCAGUUUGUGCCGGUUCAUGCCGGUUAAAAAAAAUGUGAAAACAAUUAAUAUCUAAUGUAUUUAAUCAUAUAUAAAACAUAUUUGUGGACAAUUUAGUUACAAUCCAACAAAUAUCAUCAACUUUUAGCUAUUACAUUCAUAAAAUGAAUAAUAAAUUAAUUUUUUAUUCAUAAAGUUCAUUAAAAUGAUAUCAUUUUACUUAGAAUGCGUAAGUCGAUCAUACCGGUCAUACCGGUGGUGUCAUAUACCGGUUUUAUGACCGGCACAGAUUGAACCAGGUUCAACCGGGUGGCAUCCCACCGCAUGACAACCAUGCUAAUAAGCAUUGCUCAAACUAGUUUAGUGAGCAAUGAUACUUGGGACGAAGAGCAACCUUUAAAGUUUAAAUAAAAUUAGGCUCAAAUCCGUGAGAUAAAGCCCAAAAUAGAACUGCCGGAAAGUCCAAUUUCGUGAAGCCCACCAUUUUUUCCUUAGAUAAUAAAAUGACCUUGACCUAUUUUUGAAAAUAAAGGAAAAAGAAAAUAGCGUUGCGAAGCAAGCAUUCUCGCGUUCCCUCUCUUAGCGGAUUAUGGUGGACGCGAUACUCCACCAUUGCCGGCCAUUCCUCCCGCCGCCGGCGGAGACCUCAGUUAAGCCCUCUCGAGCCAGAAUCCGCCCAGCUUCUUUCCGAUGUUGGAGCAAGGGUAGGAGGGAGUACACGAGCGUAAUGAUAGUCCCGACCGGUGUUGGAGCCGCGAUCGGUGGAUUCGCCGGAGACGCUUUGCCGGUCGCUCGUGCCUUGUCCUCCGUCGUCGACUGCCUCAUAACGCAUCCCAAUGUUCUUAAUGCAGCGAUGAUGUACUGGCCGAUGCCUAAUGUGUUGUAUGUUGAAGGGUAUGCUCUUGACAGAUUUGCAGAAGGCUUGUGGGCACUUGAACCUGUUCAUCAAAAUAAGGUGGGCUUAGUUCUUGAUUGUGGAAUAGAGGAAGAACUCAGAAUUCGCCAUUUGCAAGUGGCUGAUGCGGCUAGAGCUUCUCUUGGAUUGCCUGUUGUGGAGUACAUUGUCACUGAUACCGCAUUAGAGGUGGAGAAGUGGGUCGAUCCGAUGAGUGGUCAAUCAACAGGAAGAAUUAGGCAUCCUGAUUCUCUAUUGAGAGCUGUACAGACACUGAUCAACCGUUCUCAAGUGAAUGCUGUUGCAGUUGUCGGGCGGUUUCCUGAUGAUGAUGUUGAUGACGUUGACGAUUAUCGACAAGGCGUGGGAAUAGAUGUAUUGGCUGGAGUUGAGGCAAUUAUAAGCCAUCUUGUGGUGAAGGAGUUCCAGAUUCCUUGUGCACAUGCUCCCGCAAUGCUUCCUCUUCCUUUGACCCCGAUGCUUUCCCCAAAAUCAGCUGCGGAGGAGAUAGGUUACACUUUCUUGCCCUGUGUGCUCGUGGGACUAAGCAAAGCACCUCAAUACAAGGUGAACUCUCAUUCCUUAGGGAAGGAUUGUUUAUAUGCAAGUGAUGUGGAUAGUGUAGUCCUUCCUAUGGACUCAUGUGGAGGAGAUGCUGCCCUUGCAUUUUCAAGAAGUAAGGGAAAGAAGCCACUCAUAAUUGUGGUGGAGGAAAAUGAGACAGUCCUGGACAGCACUCCAGAUAAAUUCGGGAUGGAAGUGAUAAAGGUUUCGAACUACUGGGAAGCAAUAGGUGUUAUAGCUGCUCACAAAGCAGGAAUCAACCCCCAUUCCCUAAGAAGAGAUGGAAUUGCAAACAUCCGUAAGAACAGUCCUGUUAGGCAUGCUAAUGGGUUCACUUUUUCUAUCCCACGUUGAUAGGAGAAUUCAUAACAAGCGGCUACACACUAUAGCGCUUUCUUUUUCCUCUUCGUCAGCCAGCUACUCAGCAUACAAUUUGAACGGUAAGAAGAAAAAAGUCAGUCAAGAGUCUAGGGCUGUUGAAGCCAUAAUCGCUGACCUGUUUCGCUUGCUAAAACUUUUCAGGGUGAUCGUCAUGUAAGCGUAUAUGAAUGGGAGACGGCUAUGGUUGACGGGCGAUGACUUGGCUGGGGUAGUAUUUUCCUUGAGAAACAGAGAAAUUCAACUUAUGGCAAUUGCCAUGGAGACCCUUCAAACCCCAGUCUCAAGCACUCGAAUGGCGUCUAAGAUGGAAGAUCGUACAGUGAUAUUAGCUCACCAGCAACUUCUCUGGGUUAUACCUGUUACUUUCUGUUUCUGCAUAACGAAUAGGAACCAGUAAUAACGGAGUAGUGAGUAGUCCGCAGGGCAAUCAGUAUUGAGUGCCUUUUUUUGCUUAAAUUCUUGGAUUCUAAGCUCUGCGUCAUAGUUUAUACUAUGAAAGUGAGAAGGAAAGCCUCCUUUCACUCGGUUGUGCAUUUAGGAAAGGCUGCAAGUGAUAACUUUUGCAUUUGGUUGUUUCGUUUACUGUAUAGUAGUAGUUUCUUUCACAAUCGAGGGUAUGUUGCAGAACUGACGGAGGGGCGAUCUGGAAAAUCACAAUAAUUUAGGGACUAAUAAUCGCCGGUAGGCUUGGCAAUGGGCCCGCGGACUUUGGAUAUCCGCCGGGGCCCGCCCGCUUGUAUUGGGCUUAAACCCGCGAGGCCGGUCAGAUUCGCGGUUGCGGGCAAACCCGCGACCCGUCGUACGCGGUGAUGGGCUGGGCACGGAUUCUGGGAUCCCCAGCCCGUAUCUGCACCGAUAGCAAACGACGUCGUUUGCUGCGCAUAUAUAAUGCCUCAUUUUUGGGGUUAGGGUUUGUGGACAGUCCAUUUUCAUCUUCCGCCAACCUUGUAUCCCCGAUUUCCUCUCAACCCAUCCGAGGCGAUAUCGCCGAUUUCCUCCCCAAAUCCCUUCGAUUCCGCCGACUUCUCCUUCUUCCCGACUAGUCUCCCUCGCAAAUCGACGAUCCCAUCAUCCAUAACACUACAUCUUACUGUAAAUCAACCCUCCAAACUCCGAAAAUGUCUCAAUCGACAGAAAUCUUCUCUGAAUCGUGCAUGCAAAGGAUUUCUUUCCCAGAUCGAGAUAAGUAUUUAGUUCUUUAUUACCUUAUUCCAGUUUUGCUCAUAGACUUAUAAAUAGGUGACUAACUU